AUGGAGUUUGCUGCAAGAUGGACAGCAAUUCCCAUAUUAAUUGGGACCAAGUUUGAUGAUUUUGUUCAACUUCCACCAGAUCUGCAAUGGACUGUUGUGACCCAGGCCAGGGCAUAUGCGAGAGCUAUGAAGGCAGCCCUUUUCUUUUCAAGUGCAACCCACAACAUCAAUGUCAACAAGAUCUUCAAAUUUAUCGUGGCCAAGCUCUUUAACUUGCCAUGGAACUUGGACCGAAAUUUGACUAUUGGUGAACCCAUUAUUGACUUCUAA